UGAGGACAGGACAUACCUUACCUGGUUUGCAUAUUGAGGGUGAGGACAGGACAUACCUUACCUGGUUUGCCUACUGAGGGUGAGGACAGGACAUACCUUACCUGGUUUCCCUACUGAGGGUGAGGACAGGACAUACCUUACCUGGUUUCCCUACUGAGGGCGAGGACAGGACAUACCUGGUUUGCAUAUUGAGGGUGGAACGGUGGGAAGCUGAGUGGUAUAUUCUGUUUCCCUGUGACCUUGGAUUCAUUGGAUGGUUUCAGGGAAUGUGCUGUAGUAGUGUUGUCUGGGGUCUUCUACCUGGGAUGUAAAUAGCUAUCGCUGAUUUUCUUUUGUUUUACACCUGUCCUAGUUAACGGAGGAGCGGGUUUCAACUCGAGUCUGUCCGAAGCAACCGGUGGGAGUUGUAUGAGUGAGGUAGCCGUGGGAUCGUGUCUUUCAGGAUGAUUGACACCCUAUAUGAGUGGAUUUGGUGGGACCGCUUCUGGCUGCCAGUCAACCUGACCUGGGCGGACCUAGAGGACCGAGAUGGGCGUGUCUACGCCAAAGCCUCUGACCUCUAUGUGACGUUGCCUUACGCCAUAGUCUUCCUACUGGUCAGAUACCUGUUCGAAAGGUUGAUAGCCACGCCUCUAGCAGCCUCAGUGGGGAUCCGGGAGAAGGCCAGACUGAGAGUAGCAGACAACCCCAUCCUCGAGCUCUACUAUCUCUCUCACUCCAGAAACCCUGGCCAGGCAGUUAAAGAUGGUCUGUCUAAGAAGAGCGGCUGGUGCGUUAGGCAGGUGGAGCGCUGGUUCAGAAAGAGAAGAAACCAGGAUCGUCCCGGAGUACUGAAGAAGUUCAGAGAGGCUGGUUGGAGGUUUGUGUUCUAUCUGUUGGCGUUAAUUGGAGGAGUUGUGUCCCUGUAUGAUAAAGAAUGGUUUUAUGAUACGCGGGAAGUGUGGAAUGGAUUUCCUAAACAGACUAUGCUGGAUUCUCAGUACUGGUACUACAUCCUGGAGAUGAGCUUCUAUGGUUCUCUUCUGUUCAGAGUCACCUUUGAUGUCAAGAGGAAGGACUUUAAGGAACAGAUCAUCCACCAUUUGGCCACCCUGACGCUGCUGUCCUUCUCUUGGUGUGUCAACUACAUCCGUAUAGGAACCCUGGUGAUGCUCAUCCACGAUGCCUCCGACGUCCUGCUAGAGUCUGCCAAGUUGUUUAACUACGCCAAAUGGGAGAGAACCUGCAACAGUCUUUUUGUGGUGUUUGCCAUUGUGUUCAUGGUAACCCGACUGAUCAUCUUCCCAUUCUGGCUGAUCCACUGUACGUGGGUGUACCCCACACUCCAGUACCCCCCGUUCUUUGGUUACUACUUCUUCAACGUCAUGCUGGUGGUCCUCCUGUUCCUACACAUCUUCUGGGCCUACCUCAUCCUGCGCAUGGUCAAGAAGUUCCUCUUUGGCAAAAUGACCAGAGAUGAAAGAAGUGAUGAUGAGGAGGAUGGUGAAGAAAGCAGUCUGACUGAAGAGGAAAAAGAGGAGGGCAGUUAUCGUUACACCAACGGCAAUGGUUCUGGACUGGGCACAAAGGAGGGCAGUUAUCGUUACACCAACGGCAAUGGUUCUGGACUGGGCACAAAGGAGGGCAGUUAUCGUUACACCAACGGCGAUGGUUCUGGACUGGGCACAAAGGAGGGCAGUUAUCGUUACACCAACGGCAAUGGUUCUGGACUGGGCACAAAGGAGGGCAGUUAUCGUUACACCAACGGCAAUGGUUCUGGACUGGGCACAAAGGAGGGCAGUUAUCGUUACACCAACGGCAAUGGUUCUGGACUGGGCACAAAGGAGGGCAGUUAUCGUUACACCAACGGCAAUGGUUCUGGACUGGGCACAAAGGAGGGCAGUUAUCGUUACACCAACGGCAAUGGUUCUGGACUGGGCACAAAGGAGGGCAGUUAUCGUUACACCAACGGCAAUGGUUCUGGACUGGGCACAAAGGAGGGCAACAAUGGCUGCUUCAGACACUUAUCUCUCUCGGAGAACGUCUGCCCAUCAAAAACUGUCUACUGACCAAGCUCGCGUCGUGAUUGGCAGAGCCCUGCACCAGAGGCAGGAAGUGGUGGGAUCAAGGUCAUAGGAGAAGCUGGAACAACACAAAACAGAUUCCAUCCCAUAUGGAAAAACAACAGCAAGCAGACAAACAUUUAGAUGAAGAUUUAUGACUCUAGAAUUUGGAGUGUAGCCUGGCAAAAAAUAAAUACUUCACACACAGAAAGAGACCGUAUUUCUUGGCCUGUAGUUUCUUCCACGUCCAAACUCCUCUCAUCUUCAAGGAAAACAAUGUUGACGAUGGCACAGUUUCACAUGGAACCCUCAGACAGCAAUGAGACAAAGACCAGAAAACCAAAACCAAAAAACACUAAAACCCUUGUGUUUUUGUUCAUCGUCAUAUUUAAUCUGUUCAGUAUUGCUGCAGAAAGGUGGUGCGCUUCAUGAAACGGUGCCACACGGAUGCUCCGCCUGAGCCCUUCAUCCAUCAAGGCCUGGCAAGGGUUUAUAGUUUAUGGGCUGCGUUCAUUCACUAGCGGCCUACAUGUUUUAUUUCAACCUCUGCUGGCUAUGGGGGUUAGUUAUGGACAACCAGGAGAUGAAUGAGAGGCAAUAUCACAAUGGACUCCUCCAGAUGAUAUUGACACGUGUGUUUUGGAGAGUGGGGGGGGUAGGUUUGUGCCUCCAAGUCCUUCUCAUCCCUCUCUCCUUCUCCCUCUCUCUGAC